AUGGAGGAGGAGGAAUUGAUCAAGCAUUAUAGAGGAGUCAAGGUGAAGGAUAAGAUCCAGCUGAUCAACAACAUGCUGGAUAAAGUGGAUGAGAUGAUCAUCGGCGGCGGCAUGGCCUUCACUUUCCUCAAAGUUCUCAACAACAUGGAGAUCGGGACGUCUCUGUUCGACGAGGAAGGCGCUGGUAUAGUCAAAGACUUGAUGGCGAAAGCCGAGAAAAACGGCGUCAGAAUCACGCUCCCCGUCGACUUUGUGACCGCCGACAAAUUUGACGAGAACGCCGCCACUGGCUCCGCCACCGUCGCUGCCGGCAUUCCCGCCGGCUGGAUGGGGCUGGACUGCGGCCCGGAGAGUUCCCGGCUGUACGCGGAGGCGGUGGGUCGCGCCAAGCAGAUCGUCUGGAACGGGCCGGUCGGCGUCUUCGAGUGGGAAAACUUCGCCAGGGGAACCAAGAGCCUGAUGGACAAGGUCGUGGAGGUCACGAGGUCAGGAUGCGUCACCAUCAUCGGUGGGGGCGACACUGCUACCUGCUGCGCUAAGUGGGACACAGAGGACAAAGUUAGCCACGUUAGCACCGGCGGCGGCGCUAGCCUGGAGCUGCUGGAAGGUAAAGUCCUGCCUGGUGUGGAUGCACUCAGCAGCGCCUAGACGCCUCACUGGAGUGUGUGCGUGCGUGCGUAUGUGUGUGUUUGUGUGUGUGUGUGAGAGAAGAGAAGAGAGGUGGACAUCUCCUGAAGUGUCAUCAUGACCCCUGACCCCAACCUGCCAUCUGUCCCAGCAGAGCGCUGACCUUUAACCCCGAUUAAUUUCUAACUUCAGACGUUCUCGGCUGCAAAGCAGCAGUGAGGUUUCUCCUUCCUGAGGAGAAACGGCAGCGGGGAUCGGAGUUUACGGUUUCAGUAGAGCUUCUGUGUUAACGUGGCGAUCAUAGAUGUGGCCAACAUAGAUGUUACUUCCUGUCUGAUCUGUUCUAAUAAAACCAUCUAUGUUUAAGAAAUAAA